AAGCAUGUCGAUUGGAGAUUUCAAUCCCAGAAAUCAGGUGGUUCAACAUCUUUAGAUCUGACAACAAUCUCAUCAUUAAUAGGAUUAUCAAAGCCUAAACAACACUACAAUUUACAAUGCAACUCAACCACUACAAACCAACAAUGCACCCACAACUAUCCGAGAAACUACACCUCCACAAACUCUAUCCAACCAUCAACAUGCCCGGACUACUUCCGUUGGAUCCACGAAGAUCUACGACAUUGGAAGGAAACCGGUAUUACGAGACAAAUGGUCGAGGGGGCUCGAAAAUCAGCCCACUUUAGGCUAGUAAUCCUAAAUGGAAGGGUGUAUGUGGAGAAGUAUAGGGAGUCACUUCAAACUAGAGAUGAGUUCACUCUUUGGGGAUUCUUACAAUUACUAAGAUGGUAUCCUGGGAGAUUGCCUGAUUUGGAACUAAUGUUUGAUUGUGAUGAUAGACCUGUUAUUCCAGCAAAAAAGUUUAGAAGGCCUAAUUCUGGCCCACCACCCUUGUUUAAGUAUUGCUCUGAUCCGUGGGGUUUGGACAUUGUUUUCCCUGAUUGGUCAUUUUGGGGAUGGCCGGAGUGCCACAUAAAUCCAUGGAGAAAUGCAUCAAAUGACAUACAAGAAGGCAACAAAAGGAUUAGAUGGAAAGACAGGGAACCCUAUGCUUAUUGGAGAGGUAACCCCAAUGUUGCACCAUGGAGGGCUGAAUUACUCAAAUGCAAUGCCACUCCCACUACUGAUUGGAACGUUCGCCUCUAUACUCAGAAUUGGGCAAAACAAGCUAAAGUAGGGUACAAAGAAUCCAACCUCAGAGAUCAAUGCACACAUAGAUACAAGAUCUAUAUUGAAGGAUGGGCUUGGUCAGUGAGUGAGAAGUAUAUUCUAGGGUGUGACUCUAUGACAUUAGUAGUACAACCUAAGUACCAUGAAUUUUUCAACAGAGGGAUGUUGCCCUUGGUGCAUUACUGGCCCAUUAAGACCACCAACAAAUGCAAGUCUCUCAAGUUUGCCGUGGAAUGGGGCAAUAACCACACUGAUAAGGCACAAGAGAUAGGGAAAGCUGGAAGUCGAUACAUACAUGAGGAGAUGAAGAUGGAAUACAUAUAUGAUUACAUGUUCCAUUUAUUAAAUGAGUAUUCAAAAUUAUUAAAAUUUAAACCAUCCAUCCCUCCUAAAGCAAUUGAGCUAUGCUCUGAGGCAAUGGCAUGUGAAGCACAAGGAAUUUGGAGAAAGUACAUGGAGGAAUCCUUAGAAACAUCUCCAAGUGAUGGAAUUCCAUGUUCUUUGCCUCCUCCUUAUCAUCCCUUAGCCUUGAAAGGAUUUAUUGACAAAAAAGCUAAUUUGACAAGGCAAGUGGAGAUGUGGGAAGAUGAGUAUUGGGCUAAAUUAAACCCUAAAAAUAACAAGUCUUGAUAGAAUUUAUUUAUUUAUUUAUUUAUUUUGAUAUAUGUUCUUCUAGAACUUUAUAUUGUAAGCACAAUGAUUCAUUAUC